AUGCCGCUGGGCCUGAAGCCGACGUGCAGCGUCUGCCGCACCACUUCCUCGUCCAUGUGGAAGAAAGGCGGGCAGGGCGAGAUCCUUUGCAACAACUGCACGGGCCGUUCAGGGCCGGCCGCCGCUGGGGCAGCCUCCUACGCCAGCACCUCCUCGGCCUCGCAGCACAGUAACGGCGGCGGCGGGGGCGGCGGCGGGAAUAGCGGCGGCGGGAAGCAGAGUAAGCAAGAAAUUCAUAGAAGAUCUGCUCGAUUAAGGAACACAAAAUAUAAAUCUGCUCCUGCUGCUGAGAAAAAGGUUUCCACUAAAGGAAAAGGGAGAAGGCAUAUUUUCAAAUUAAAAAAUCCCAUCAAAGCUCCAGAAUCUGUAGCCACAAUCAUUACAGCAGAAUCUAUCUUCUAUAAGGGAAUAUACUAUCAAAUUGGAGAUGUUGUUUCAGUGAUUGAUGAGCAAGAUGGUAAAACAUACUAUGCUCAGAUUAGAGGUUUUAUUCAAGACCAAUACUGUGAAAAAAGUGCAGCUUUAACAUGGCUCAUUCCUACUACAGCAAGCCCAAAAGACUAUUUUGAUCCUGCAACUUACAUAAUAGGACCAGAAGAAGAUCUUCCAAGAAAAAUAGAGUACUUAGAAUUUGUCUGCCAUGCACCUUCAGAAUAUUUUAAAUCUCGAUCAACUCCUUUUCCUACAAUUCCUACUCGGCCAGAAAAAGGUUAUAUCUGGACUCAUGUUGGACCUACUCCAGCAAUUUCAAUCAAGGAAACUGUUAGUAGCAGCUUGUAGUCUGUCUUCAGAAAAUGCUUUUAUUUAUAUUUUAGAUUGCCAUCUGACUUCUAUUUAUUGUUUAAAUCUCUGCCUUUGUCAAUUUUUCAUUUUUGAAGCUGUGUUUUCUUUCUCAGAAAAAUAUGAUUUCAUCUAGAUAAAUGAAUAUUUUAAGUAUUUCUGAUGUGUUAAAACUGUGCCCUUACAUUAAGAUACUGUGUACAGUAAUUUGUAUUUAAUUUGAUCAUCAGGCAGAGGGAUGGAGACAAGUAUUCAUUAAAAAAGUGAGCUGAAAUUAUAGGAAAAUGGAGAAAAACCAUUUUAUCUGAUACAGAUAUGUCAGGACACUAUUUAAAAUGUUUUAAUUGAAAAACAUGGAGAAAAAUGGAUAUUUCUAUUGUUACAUAUGUUACACAUGUUCUUGUUAUCAUUAUCUGAGAAAAAUAGUUAUGAGUCCCGUAAGGGAGAUAGGGCGGUAUAUAAAUUUAAAUAAUAAAUAAAUAAAUAAAGUCUCCCUUACAUAAAAUCCAUGGUGAUUCUAAGAUAAAAUUAAGGUUUAGUUGUAAAACAGUUUUGAUGGGAAAUCAUCUGUUCCAGCACGAUGCCAUUAUAAUGGGCACUUUAUUUGGUAAUGGCUUAUGCCAGAAUUUUAAUGUGAAUUAUUGAGCCAACUUUUUAUUCUUGUGAUGUAUUAAACAGGGGUCCCCAACCUCCUGUCUGUUCAGAAUCAGGUUGCGGAAGUGGUGGGCCAGCACACGUAUGAAACUGCAUUUGUAAAAGUGGUGUGUGUGCACGUGUGAAGCCAUCCCCCCCUCGCCCCUCCAUCAGUCUGCCAAGCCAGAAAGGUUGGGGACUGCUAUAUUAAAGGAUAUCUUGUUGGUUCAUUCCAAGGGUAAUCUAGAGGUUUGGGGCAAUGUAAUUUUCUACUUCUUUACCUUAAAUCUUUGUGGCUAAUAGAAAUGAGUAGGUGGAAGCUGGAGUGUUAAAAUAAGGAUAAGUGCUAAGUAUCUUUUAAGAGACAGCUGAAUAGUUAUCCCUGAUGAUGUUCUAACUGCAUCCAGAGCAUUAUUUUAAGUUCUAUCAAGUUACAGUUAUUUGCCUUAGACACUGUAGUUCAGAAAUGGAGAUGGUUUGUUAAACUUGGGUAAUACAGAAACUCGAUGCAAAUAUUCUAAAUCAUAUAAUUUUGUCUUGGUAUGUUGUAUGUAGCCAUUUAACUGUAGAUAGUUCAGAAACUAUGUUUAAAUUGUGGCCUAAUGUGAGGCCCAGUUCCAUCUUAUUUCCAUUUUUAUUUGGUACCAGGUUUAAUUUUAACAUCAAAAUGGCUUUUUAUACUGCUGCUACUAUUCAUAAACAGUUUUUAAGAAA